AUGCUCGUCAAGGACACAUGUAUCCUCUUAUCAGCAGCCUUGCUUGGGGGAAGCCUUGACAAAUUUUCAAGGCGCUUCCCCACCGUUGAAGUACGCGCCGAGACCUUUAACGGGUCAACACAUGUGCCUGUGCCAGCUGACAGUGCUUUUCUCAAAGCUUUGCUAUUUGAGCUGAGGCUGGUAGAUGACCAUGUUUUUGUGGAGCACCGAGAUACUUGUACUCGCAUCAACCACUCGUCGGUGUAUUCGCUUCGCACCGAGGGAGGGGAUCUCUGGCCCGUGCUUGCUUUUCAGAAGAGUGGUUUGAUCUAUGCCUGUCUCCCACUGGUGGAGGGCACCUUGGAGCCACGGCCACCUCUCCUCACUGUUGCUGGGCUCUCGCAGGGAUUGGCUCUUCUGUUAGGCAUGGUGGACUACCUCUCUCCAAGCCGGAAAAACGAAGCCGAGAUGAGUGCAAAAAUAGGCCAGCUUCGAACUCUGCUCAUACAGGCCUGUCCCCUGGGCACCCCCUUGAACACAAACCUCCGCAGCCUAAACAGCUCCUUUGAUGACAUUCAGGAGACACCCACGGAUGAGAAUCAGCCAGCUUGGAGAUCCAACACCUAUAAAGGCAAACCCCAGGUGAAUGUCUGUAUCACCGAAAGAGUCAAGUGUAUGCAGUAUGACAGAAGAGACGUCGUGGACACCUGGCAGGUUUAUGGAGCAGUAAAUUGCAAGUGUGACAUAGAGGGCUCUGCUCCAAGCGUAACCCUCAGUCUGGCUCUCCCGACAUACGGGCCUCCGCUCCAGGACAUCGUGCUCCACCACUGUGUGACUGCUGUGGACCCUGCCAUGCUGGAGUCCAGCAGUGCAGAGCCACUGGGUGACUCUGUGUAUAACGGGCCCUACAGGUUUCCUUUCAUUCCUCCUUCGGAGUCAUUCAACCUGUGCUACUACACUUCCCAGGUUCCUGUUCCACCAAUUUUGGGGUGUUACCAGCUCACUGAAGAGGGAUCACAGUUAAAAAUAACAGUUAAUUUGAAGCUUCAUGAAAGCAUAAAGAACUCUUUCGAGUACUGUGAAGCUCGUAUACCUUUCUUCAACAGGGGCCCAAUCGCUCAAUUAGAGUACAAAGUUAGUUAUGGGCAACUGGAUUUAUCACGAGAGAAGAGCCUGCUGGUUUGGGUCAUUGGACAGAAGUUCCCUAAAUCUUUGGAAGUUUCUCUGACUGGAACCAUGUCUUUUGGCACUGCAGGCAAAGAGCACCCAACUGACUAUGUUUGCACUGGGAACACUGCUUAUGUGAAACUGUAUUUUAGGAUCCCAGACUUUACGCUUACUGGAUGCUAUGUAGACCAGCAUUCUAUUCAGAUCUUUGUACCAGGAAAACCCAAAAUUACUGCAUCCAAGGAACUGAUUUCUUCUGAUUACUACAUCUGGAAUUCCAAAGCACCUGCACCUAUGGUGUACAAAACCUUACUUGACUAAUUUGCUUGUGAAUGAGUUUUGUAUUUA